AUGUAUCUACGAACCCUAUUCCUCCGACGCCUAAGCACAAAACCGCCUAUCAACCCUCUGGCCACUCAACGUUUGUCGCUGCCGCCCUUGGAGUAUGGCUACCUUGACUACGAGCCCGCCAUCCGCAACGAUAUCAUGUGGCUCCACCACACGGAACACCACCAGGCUUACGUCACUAACUUCAAUAAAGCCUUGGACCAGCUCGAUAGCGCCACCGCUAGCGGCGAUGCCUCUGCCGUCGUGAAGUUGCAGGAGGUCCUCAAGUUCAACGCAGGAGGGCACAUAAAUCAUUCACUAUUUUGGAAGUGCAUUGCUCCUUGCCGUGAAAGGGGCGGCGAGCCUCCGAGGGAUGGUUUAUGCUGGGCUAUUAAGAAAAACUUUGGAUGCUUGGAAUCUUUAAAACAGAAGAUGACUACAGAAGCUGCAGCAUUGCCAGGUUCCGGGUGGGUGUGGCUUGGUGUGGAUUGCAAACAUAUCAAGCGUCUAAUAGUUGAGACGACUGCAAAUGAUGGAUCCGAUAAGUUAUCCAAAUCAUGGAACAACAUGUAUCUUGGGGCAUACCAAGCUGCAAUCGACGACAACAAUAUCCCUGACCUUUCUUCAGACGAAAUUGUUGACCGGAACUACAUUAUUUACCGCUCGUGUAUUUGUCUUGGAAGUUAUCAGCGUGUGAUUGACGAGGUUGAUUCAGCAGCCGCAAUUGAUCUUCAGGCCGUCAAACUGCUUAAGCCAUUGUAUUUUUCAAGCCCAACAAACAAGUUAAUCUAA